GUUUCUAACUUAUUCCUACCUUCUGGCCUUCAAUGCCUGGCUUCUGCUGGCACCGAUCACCCUGUGCUACGACUGGCAGGUCGGCAGCAUCCCUUUGAUCGAGUCCGUCUGGGACGCGAGGAACUUAGCCACAGUGUUCCUGGUACUGGUCAUGACGUUACUCAGCCUACACUGCAUUGCUGCAUUCAAGAAACUGGAACACAAAGAAGUUUUGGUUGGCUUGUUGUUCCUGGUUUUCCCAUUCAUCCCAGCCAGCAACCUCUUCUUCAGGGUGGGAUUUGUGGUGGCAGAGCGAGUCCUUUACAUGCCGAGUAUGGGGUACUGCAUCCUUUUUGUCCACGGUCUAAAAAAGCUGUCUAUAUGGUUAAACAAGUGGAGAAUUGCUGUUCUGACCCUCUUUGCUUUACUGCUGCUGCUUUUCUCUUGGAAGACCGUGAAACAGAACGAAAUCUGGCUGUCACGAGAAUCCCUUUUCAGCUCAGGAGUGAAGACCCUGCCCCACAAUGCCAAGGUGCACUACAACUACGCCAAUUUUCUGAAGGACCAGGGCCGUAACAUUGAGGCGAUCUACCACUACAAAACUGCUCUCAAAUUGUACCCUCGUCACGCAAGUGCUCUCAACAACUUGGGGACAUUGACCAAAGACGUGGUGGAGGCAAAGGACUACUACAGACGGGCCCUUCAGUUAAACCCUCAGCACAAUCGAGCUCUCUUCAAUCUCGGCAACCUUCUCAAGUCCCAAGGGAAGAAGGAAGAAGCUGUAAUCUUACUGCAGGACUCCAUUAAGUACGGCCCAGAGUUUGCAGAUGCUUACUCAAGCUUGGCCUCACUGCUAGCCGAACAGGAACGGCUUAAGGAAGCAGAGGAGGUCUAUAAGACUGGUAUAGAGAAUUGUCCAGAGAGCUCCGAUCUGCAUAAUAACUACGGUGUUUUCUUGGUUGAUACUGGGGCUCCCGAGCGAGCCGUGUCCCACUACAGGCAGGCCAUCCGCCUGAGCCCCACUCACCACGUGGCCAUGGUGAACCUGGGCAGGCUUCACCGCUCCCUGGGGCAGAACAAAGAGGCUGAAGUGUGGUACAAGCGGGCACUGAAGGUUUCCCGGAAGGCCGAAAUCCUGUCCCCGCUGGGGGCUCUGUAUUACAACACGGGGCGGUAUGAAGAAGCGUUGCACGUCUACAGAGAAGCAGCAUCACUGCAGCCUUCAAACAAAGAGAUCCGACUGGCGCUGGCUCAGGUUUUAGCAAUGAUGGGGCGGACGAAGGAAGCCGAAAAGAUGACAAACCAUAUACUCAACGAGGAUGCGGAGUGUCUGGAGUGCUACCGCCUUCUGUCAGCCAUCUACAGCAAGCAGGAGCACUAUUCCAAGGCACUUGAAGCUAUAGAAAAAGCUCUUCAGCUAAAUCCAAAGGAUCCAAAAGUCAUAUCAGAGCUCUUUUUCACUAAAGGAAACCAGCUUAGAGAACAGAAUCUCCUUGACAAGGCUUUCGAGAGCUAUAAACGGGCUGUGGAACUCAACCCAGACCAAGCGCAGGCCUGGAUGAAUAUGGGAGGCAUUGAGCACAUCAAGGGGAGCUAUGUCACUGCCCGUGGCUACUAUGAGAAAGCCUUACAGCUGGUUCCAAACAGCAAGUUGCUGAAGGAGAAUCUGGCCAAACUGGAUCGCUUGGAGAAACGGUUUCAGGAAGUCCAGGAGAAAGACCAAACAUAGCAUUCAGUCACCGGUGGAAAGAAACUCAUGCCCCUUGGAGAAGAAUAUGGUCGAAGCCUAUUUCUCGAAGUGAUGCUGAAGGAACUUUGAUAGGACUCAGAAUUAUGGAAGGCAAAUUUUGAAUGCAUGCGUAUGUUUGACCAAAGUUACAAGAGACACUCGGCUCCUGUGGGACAUGCUGGAGAAUGAAUGAAAACCUUCCUUUAAUCAAGAUUAAUGUUUAGGCUGAACCCAUUUUAAUCACAUCGGGAGUGUGGGUGGGACACAUACCUUCAAUAUCUUGGUUAUCAUGGGGAAACCAUGGAGACAAAGCACUCAUCCGUUACAGCGGGGCUGACAUAACACCUCCUGUUAGUCAACACAGGCUCACCUCGUUCAUGUAAAGUACCACUGAUGGGCUUCAUUGCAAGUGCUGCCAGGUCAUUCUGAGCCAGGAAAGAUGGUUGUAAUGGUCACAUAAAAGGGUUUCAAGGGGUUAAUGCUGAGGAAAUGGUGGCCAAUUUUACAGCUCUAACUGUGACUUGAAAAUUAUUCUAAAGAAAGGGAAAACAGUGUCUGAAUAUCACCCUUGAAGGAUGAUUGUACAAGUAGGACAAAUGAUCCUUUGAGGGAAAACCGCAGCUGAAUGUUUUACUCAUAAGACAAUAGUCUUUUUGUAUGGUCCAUGAUGUCAGUAUUGUCAAAUAUCAUAUGGCUUUACCCUUUGCCCUCUCCCUCCAGACCAAAUAAUUAUUACUCUGAAAAAACUGGAAUCAUCCAAAGGCAAUGGGAAGCUCCAGGAUUACUUGUCCUCCUGUCCAGUCCCCAG